AUGACGGAGAACGGGCGCGUCCAACUCUCGCUGCCCAACGAUGAUGAAUCGCCAGCAAAACGGAUAUCUACUCCAGCCGGGGAGCGCCUCUCUGUCAUCAUGGAUAAUCGUGCCUCUAAUGCUGGAGAGACCUCGUCAAAAAGAAGCUCGGGAAGGUUUUCGAAUCGAACCUCGAUCUUCACGCCGAUGAGGAGCUCGUUUGGCUUUGGGGAGCCGCCGAGGGAGAGCCUGGAAAACAAGGCGUUUUCAAAUGGUGGUGGUUUGAGGGGUCUAUAUACUACCAGUAUCUGGAGCGAGCUGGGAAGUGUCCCGGAGGAGAAGCGAGGGCCCAUGGCCACCUUGAGAGGGAAAAGAUUAUUCUCAGAUCGAGGGAGGCGGAAGCGCAUCCUGCUCAUCAUAGUGGUAAUCGUCUUGAUUAUCAUAGCUCUGGCUGUCGGACUAGGCGUCGGACUGAGUAGAGGAAGCUCUCCGAGCCUAGAUGUACCAGACCCAAACCAGUCCACUUCGAAUCCAUCUACUUCUCUACCCGGUACUUCGGGAGCAAACCCUCCGCCUAAGGACUUUCCUCUGGGAACAUAUUCCAUGACCACCUUCCUAGACACGAUCCAAACGAACUGCACCUCAAAUCCUGACAUCUGGCGCUGCCCCCCAUAUACGAUCUACAACACUUCACCCGAACAAUCUCUCGCGACCUUCAACUGGACGAUCUCGGAACCGUCGUCUGGAAAUUGGGUGAUUUCUAGUGCCGACAACUCUUUGGCUGCUUUGAAUUUCCAGAAUGCGCGUUUGGCCCUCCUCGACCAAGGCAAGGACUCCGAGCGAUAUCGCUUCCAAGUAACCACGGACAAGAUGGUCAAACCAACGGCAUCUUUGACCGGCGACAACGUUGGAGCGACAUGCUACUUUAACGCAACUACGUUCACCGGAUUCCUAUACACGAAGAUGGCGAGAGACUAUCCUAAUGACCGGAUGGCGACGAAUGGAGAUCCGGCGCAUGAUCUGUGGCCCUAUGCAAUUCGUGCCGAAGAAGUCAUUUCUGCAGGCGAGGGCAUUCCUAACUGCUAUCGGGACGACAACUGGGAGAGGAUUGAGAACGGUGCAACACAGUCGAUUGGUGCAGGCGAUGGAGGUAACCUGUGUAGUUGCCUGUACAAGAAUUGGAGAACGCCAUCUUGA